ACUAGCAUGGGUCAGAAUCAAGACAAGGUGGAGGGGGAGGAACAAGCCAGCAGUGGAGGCCUUACAGAGCCAGGGCCCAGCCCUGAUGUGGAUGCAAUCAAGGACAUGGAAGACACCAUUGGGGCAGGAAGCCCCUGGCAGGAGGCCGGUAAUGCUGUGGAAAAUCCAGGGAAAGCUGCUGCUGAGAAUCUGGAUGAAGGCCUAUGUGGCAAACCAAAAACACCUUUGGCAGAGAACAACCUAAGCACUCAGAGAGGGGUAGGUCCCUCCACAGAGAGGAAUGUAAGAGAGGGAGAGGCUGGAGAGGCUGGAGGAGAGGGGGUUGAAGAGCUGGGGGCAGAGUUGGGAAGUUAUAGUGCUUCACAAACUGAUCUGGACAACAGCCGGAGCCCAGGGAGUACCAUACAGACCGAGGCCAGGCAAAUCACUCAAAACGCGAGAGCGGACCAGAAGGAGGGUGAAACUGCAAAAAUGGACCAUCAAGACAAGAGAACUGCUCCACACCAGACAAAACUGGACGAAAACAUCUGCUUUGCUUUAAAGGGAGUAACUGAUAUUACAUAUUAUCCAGCUGUGGAGAAUACUGAUGCCACUGUUUCACUAGGUGAGAGCACUACGGAGUACAAGAAAGAUGAUUUUGUGAAAGUCAGCAAGGGUGGGACUGAUACGGAAAUGGCGGAUGAUGUCACCCUAAUGGGAGGAAGGAAGAAGCGAGCUCUUAAGGAAGAUCAGGAAAUUCUGAGGAAAAAUGGGACAUCAAAGGUUGUUGAGGAUGGGGACACCAAGUUUAUUGAUGGAGCCGUAGGUGGUUUGAAGGCGCUAAACCAUCCAUAUAAGGCUAAACACCAGUCACCAUUGAAAAAACACGAUUGGGAAAAGUCUCUUUUAGGUGUGGGUGGGAACUUGAUCCAUGACCUUCCAAUAAAGAGACUGGUAAAGGCACAUAGUGAUGAAAAGAAGAGUGACAUUUAUAAAGAGAAUAAAGAGUCAGAGUCAGCAACAAGUGAUAUCAAGCCUGACCAGGAAGAUCAUCAGAAACAAAGUGAGCUGGUAGAGGCUGGAUGGCCUUCAACUGACCCUCCCACUCAAGGGGAAGAAGAAAACUUUCCCCUGGUUCCAACAGUGGAGCCAAGCUCUAUUUUGGAGAAGCUAUUAAAAAGAGACAGAAAUGAGGCGUCACCAGAACUUUCCAAUGUUAAAAAGGUGGUCUCUACGUCAAUAGACAGUUCUUAUGACCAUGAACAAGUUAAAACUGAAACAAAGCUUCAGGGAUUACGCAGUACUUUCACUGUCACUGACAUUCCUACACCACAACCAGAAAUGACCAAUGAGGGGAAGGCAACACCCAACAAAUGCACAUCAGAGGUAUUGCAUGCUCAGUCAGUUGAGAAGGCUAAGACCAUGACUGGCCUUCCUCAAUUAACAGGGAUCCCUGUUGCAGUUAUGGUGGCUGCCCUGUCCUUGGUAGGAACUAGCAUAGCUCCAUCAGAAGAAAGCCAAUAUAGUCUGGAUAAUCAAAGCAAAGAUGAGAAGUGUUUGUCUCAAGAUGUGACUAUGGAAACAGAGCAUGUGUCACAGCAAGUCACACAGAGCACCCCUGCAGUCCACUCUGAUGAAAAGUCUACCCAGGACAAGGAUGAAACUGCCUCAGAUAUUGAGAAACACCAGGAUACUCCAAAAUCAAGGCCUGUCUCUGAACUCAUUAAAGAAAACAUUCUACAACAAGAAAAGCUUAAGCAUCCUGAUUUGACAAAGCCAUUGGAAACCAAACCUAAUGGGGUUUUGGAGCAAGUCCAAACUGUGAAGGUGGCUCAAAUGUUGGCAGCUUUUGACUCACACAAGAAAUCCCCAGAGAAAGCACUGGAGAGGAAACCAUCUGUGAGAAAAGAUAUGUUCAAGCGAGUUGUGAGAGCAAGCAAAUUCCGUCAUGUCUUUGGCCAGGCGGUGAAGAAUGACCAGUGCUACGAUGACAUCAGAGUGUCGCGGGUCACAUGGGACAGCUCUUUCUGUGCAGUCAAUCCCAAGUUUGUCGCCCUCAUCAUAGAAGCCAGCGGGGGCGGAGCCUUCCUGGUCCUCCCUCUUCACAAGACAGGGCGCAUUGACAAGGCCUACCCCACAGUGUGUGGCCACACAGGACCUGUGCUGGACAUCGACUGGUGCCCCCACAAUGACCAGGUCAUCGCCAGUGGCUCGGAGGACUGCACAGUCAUGGUGUGGCAGAUCCCUGAAAACGGCUUGGUUACAAACCUGUCUGAGCCUGUUGUGGUUCUGGAGGGACACUCCAAAAGGGUUGGUAUCAUCACCUGGCACCCAACGGCACGCAAUGUCCUGCUCAGUGCUGGCUGUGACAACCUGAUCAUCAUCUGGAACGUGGGGACGGGCGAGGCCAUGAUACAGCUGGAAGAAAUGCACCCUGACGUCAUCUUCAGUGCCUGCUGGAACCGCAACGGCAGCCUGAUCUGCACCGCCUGCAAGGACAAGACCAUCCGCAUUAUCGACCCCCGCAAGGAGGAGGUCAUAGGGGAGAAGGAGAAGGCCCACGAGGGGGCGCGGCCAAUGAGGGCCAUUUUCCUGUCAGACGGGAACAUUUUCACCACAGGCUUCAGCCGUAUGAGUGAGAGACAGCUAGCCCUGUGGAACCCGCAAGCCAUGGAUGAGCCAAUCACCGUGCACGAGAUGGACACCAGCAAUGGAGUCCUUUUGCCCUUCUAUGACCCAGACACCAGUGUGGUUUAUCUGUGUGGUAAGGGUGACAGCAGCAUCCGCUACUUUGAGAUCACGGAUGAGGCCCCGUUUGUCCACUACCUCAACAGCUUUGCCAGCAAGGAGCCCCAGAGGGGUAUGGGGUACAUGCCCAAGAGAGGCCUGGACGUCAACAAGUGUGAGAUUGCCAGGUUUUAUAAAUUACAUGAAAGGAAGUGUGAACCCAUUAUCAUGACUGUGCCCAGAAAGUCUGACCUGUUCCAGGAUGACUUGUACCCAGACACAGCUGGACCAGACUGUGCCAUUGAGGCAGAAGACUGGUUCGAGGGAAAGGAUGGUGAGCCUAUUCUUAUUUCCCUGAAGAAUGGCUAUGUCCCUGGCAAGAACCGUGACCUCAAGGUGGUCAAGAAGAACAUACUGGACAACAAGCUGAGCAACACCACAGAGAAGACAGGCCCAGCCAACAAGUGUGCUUCAUCCAUAAAAAACGAAGCCAAGCUGGAAGAGGUGUUGAAAGAAAUCAAAUCCCUAAAGGACCUGGUCAGCAGUCAGGAGAAGCGAAUCAUCCAACUUGAAGAGCAGAUGUCCAAGAUCAGCAUUUAAGGACCCUCACCUCACCCCACCCGCCACAGUUCAGGACGAUCCAUUGGCUGGGAGGUGGGCGGGACCCGUCACUGCCAAUCUCGACAGCGUUCUGCCUGAAGCCUUCCUAGCAACGAUCCCAAGCAACAUUCCAGAUGAACUCUUUUCUUAGCCAGCCCCUAAGGCCAAAAUUUACGUUACACGUUUGCAGCCCCAUCUACAGGCUCUCCAUCAAUUCUCGCCACAUUUCCAAAAUUGUCGGAUAUGGCAGCAAAGAGUAAAACAUUGUGCCGCUCGUAAAAUGUAAACAUAAUGUACAUUUACACUUCAAUUUAAACUUCAUUAAACAUGCACCAUUCUGAGCAGUGUCAGGAAUGCGGCUCCGCUAAACACUACACUGGCCGGUCUUAAUAGGAGCAAUGCACAUACAAAAGAAGCAUCAUCCUAUGUUGCCAUGAUCAUUUUCUUCCAGCACAUGUGCAAACCUGCCUAUGAAAUAUAGCCAGUCAUUCAGUGCCAUGUGUAUAUACUCAUUAACAGUGGCCUACGAUUUGGCUUGGCUGAAGUGUGGAAAGGAAUUUUGAUGGGUAGAGUCAGAAGACCUGGAAAAAAACGUGUAGUGUAUUUGAGCCUUUACCCUCAGUUAACCCAGAUGGAAUAAAAGAGAGAAAGAAAAAUGUAAAAGUAUUCCAUUAUUUUUAAUAAGUGGCAGUUUUGUCUUGGUAAUUGUAUGAAAAUGUCUCAUCCAUCCUUUUUUCUUUUUUGGGUGUGGCCAACAUACUUCCAAUGUAAACAAUUCCUAUUUACUGUGGUAAACCCAAAUGUUUUAUGUAUUUUGUCUCCCCCCUGUGUAAACAUAUUUAGUUGCCAAAUUUGAGCUUUGUUUACCGACCUCAUUUUUUGUUUUCACACCUCCUUGACAGUAUUUUCUUUUGUUUUCUCUUUGUUUUCAAGGAAGAUAGAAUACAAACUGUAAGGGACCAUUCAAUUUGCUGGUAAUGCAAAGUUGGUCUGGGUUCAACAAUCAAUCAACACUGUAAAUAUGACAUCAGUGGAGAACAAUGUCAUUAAGAAACUGACUGAACACCGAACACUGACUAGCUUUAGCACAAUGGUUGAAAGUCUACAGGUUAUUCAUUGCUAGCUUUUUUAUCUCUUUUUACAUUUAUUGAAAGCAGUAACAUCCCUCAAUGCAAUCAUUUUUUACUCAAAGACGAAACAUUUCUUAAAUUCUUUUGAAGUAUAAUAAUUGUGGGUCUAUUCAUGGGAAAAUAUGAAUACAGUAUAUUUCCUAGAAAAUGAGAUAAGUAGGGUUUCUUCAGACUGCAACAGUAUGCUUCUGAAACCUGAACCAACUUUUAACAAUAUGUUGAUCAUCUCCAUAAAUACUCCGUCACAUGAACAAUGGGUUUUAGUGGACUCUCUGUGUAGAGGAAAACAAUAGAUGAGAUUUCAUGUUGCACCUUGUUUUCGUAGCCUGUAUAAUUCCCUUUAACUGGUUUCUGUUUGGAGUUGUUUACAAUGUGCGUGCCCCAUUCCAGAAAUAUAGGUAUUUUUUAUUUAGUAUUUUUUUUAUUCAGGUGACCACAGAGACCAACAUUGUUAGAUUCCCAGUCUCAUAAAACUGAAAUGUGCUUUGGUUUACCACUAUAUUUAGUUUUUGUCAGAUUGUGCCCCCUCUGGCUCUGUGACACAGGAGGUACUUACUGUACUGUAGGCUCUGCACUGGAAGGCACAGUGCUGCUGACACGUGACCUGUGGUGUCCUGAGUAGGGGUUAUUGUGUCAAUAUCCUGUGUGCUGCCCAGAGAAUGACCAGUGGAAUUUUGGGUGAUGUGGCUGGUUAACAUUUCCACAGAAUUUUACCAAUGAAUCAGUCAAGGUGUUUGUGUGUAGUUUUUACCCUAAUCAAACCCCACUAUACCUUUGUGUUCAGGGUCCAAGUUCUAGGCUGCUGACUAAUCACCACCUGAUAUGCCCAUACUUAUUCAGCCAUCCGAAAGGUGAGUGGCAUGGUGUGCCUGUGUCUACUGGUUGAUAACAAUCAACAGUAUGUUACAUGGAGAAAAGACUUUCAACAAGUGAAAUGAUGUGCCUCAUAUUGUUGGAGUUGUAGGGCAUGCACCUUUUAUGUAGUUUGUUUUUUGUUUCCCCAAAAUAGAAAAUGAGAGAAAUUUUAGAUUUAAUAGAUUUACCAGAGGGUGUGACCAUGGUUCGGGCCUAUGUUAACAGAAUUGGCUGGUGUGGUGUUUAGUUAGUCAUUUAUAUACUGUAGGUUUUACCCUGGGCUUCCUUUUCCAGUUCUGCCAUUUCAUACAGUGUAUCCCACUAUGAAGUUCCUUGGCAGAAUUUUUAAUAUUUUCCCCUUUAAUAAUUCAUUAGCUAAUCAGAAAAACAAGGAGUCGCUUGGAUCGUCCGAAUGUUCGAUGGUGUUGCCAACUGCGUUAAUUAUUUUGUCAUGCUAUUUUGUAAUGCUUGUUUUCCAGAGGGAGGUGGGGUUGUUAAGCUUCAGAGAAUGUGUUAGCCUUUAAAGUUUGUUACCACCCAAGAGGUCAGAAAGUGCCAUAGAGGUGUUUGCAGAAAGUGCUUACGGAUGACAUGGGUUUGAGAAUGGAGUUAUUUCAUAGGAGAGAGAGAGUUGGUGGGCUGCCUGAGUGGAACUUGACUGUUGGCAUUGAAAGCACGUAACAAUGUACGUUUUCAUCAAUCAAUCCAUGAUAUGGAUCUGUCAGGGAAGGUUGUGUUUGUCUGUGUGCCCUGUCCUGCCCUGUGUGUACAUCCGUUGUUUUACUGAGCCUCCUUGGACACUCAAGGCAGCACGGUCGUGUUGGAGUAUUAUUAGUGAAUAGUGAUUUAAAGGGACACUGUAGGUUGGAAUGCUGUAGAGAGAAAUGUAUGUGAUGUUUCAAAUGAAGGCCUAGAAAAGGAUUUAAAGCUUUGUAAAUAACAUGACCAUGUCUUUUAUUAUUUUUUUUUCUUUUUGGGCUAAAGAGGGCGUAUGUUUGGGAGUUGGGUUAUGGUGGAUUUUAAAUGUUUCCUCUUGUCUGCGUUCGCCCUGUAUUCCUUGCCAUAAUGCAUCACGACAGAACAGAAUCUCCAUUCUGUCACAGGUAUUAUAACAAAGAAAUUAAUUACAGAAAAAAAGGAUUCAGCCUCUUGUGGAGGUCUGGUCAGCAUUUUUGUUCAUUCUUCCUGCUUUAAGUAUCAAAUUCAUUGAUUAUCAGAAAAAGAAUAAAGAAAAAAAAAAGA